AUGCCACUAGAUUCGAACAACAAUGCCACAAUUGAGAUAAACUCUCCUCAACCCCAGCGUCGAUCGUUGAUUCUCAUCCCCCUCGGGCCUGCAGAGGAGCCGCCAGUGUUCAACCUAGCUCUCAAUCUCAAUGGCGCCCGGAAAUCUUUUCUCACAGGGAUCGACGAUUGGGCCAUGAAAAGGCCAACCAACUGCAAACUCAUUCACCGCUUGGUCGAUUGUUGCAAAGCAAACUUGGAAAUGGUUCCCAUAACCUGCGAUACCUUCUCCAAGUCCUCCCUAAUGGACCAGGCAAAGUGGUUCGAGGAAAUUUUCUCCAUGCUCUUACCCAUUGAAGGCAACGACUCUGCCAUUUUACAUCUCGCCUGUGUUCGACAACAAGUGCGGUCGAACGGAAGACAUGUUCGAUUGGUCAUUCUACUCACAUACCUUGAUGAGAUGCUCUCCAGUAUGCUCUACUCCCAUGAUAUUACAAAGGAGGUCUUGACACCGUGCUGCAAGGCCUAUGCCACGUUGCUUUGCUUUGCCGCCGCACUAUCACCUCUCAGAAAACUAGCCAUAGAGCUCAUUCAAUCCACUAAACAGUCAUUAUCUGUGCCCUCCCAAGUUCAGCUGCCCCAGAAUCAGCAGGUGGGUUUCGGAGCCUCUGUAGCUGUGAGGCCGGCUAAGAUGAGUGAAUCAAUGAGAGAUUUAAGAGUCUAUCAGGAGACGUUCUGUCGCUGGAGCAUAGACACAGUGCAGUUUGAGCACACUGCCAUCUUCUACACAAGCGGGGAGAAGCCUGCAGCACUUGAAAGACACGCUUUGCGAGUGCGCGCCAGCAGAAAUAGCGAUCUUAUUUACCAAUCCUUUGAAUUCACGAUGCAUCAGCAGCCUAAGCCUCAAUCUCAGCAAAAUCAACUACAGGUGCCGGCAUCAUCAUCACUACUGACGCCAACUAAACCGGCUCAUACGUUGAGGGUGAACUCGGUAUCAGAUAUCACUUUCGAGGAUGAUGUAGAAAACAGUGGCUCAGAUAAGAUGAUCACCGAAUCAGGAAGUGAGGAGACCCUGGAUCAGCAAGAGGUGCAGCAAAUAGAGGCGGAAGAAGAGGGGCGGGAGCAGGAGAAUAGUGAGGAAAGUACCAUUUGGGACACGGCAUAUAAUGACAAGGAGGUAGUGGCUGGGAGAACGAGCGAUGCAAAUGCGAGAUUUAUCAAUGAAAAAGAUGGAUUUGUACUGAUUUCAGCUUUCCUUUCCGGUAUUAAACAAGACGCUUAUGUGUUGAGAACAGGGUCACUCUCUCGUCUACAAAGUGACAUCCCCACAAGGAUAAGCGUCAUUAAUAGAAGUCAGAGAUGCGCCUCUUCAUCUGCGGAAAAUACCGGGAAGGAGAUGGGAGAUGAAGAGGAGGAAGAAAGAGAAGGAGAGAUGAUAUUAACAGGAGAGGAACCAAUCAAGAAGACCUCUGAAUUAUUAGACACCGAGACCAGUUAUGCAGACUCAGUGAGUCAGACCGUUCCUGAGAUGCGCUGCAGCACAACCCCUAAGAGACCCUAUACAUUGUCGGUAGCUCUCAGAGCAUCCGAAGAUGAGGGGGAGGAGGAAGAGAGCGUGGAUGAUGAGAAGAAUGAGGCGCGGAGAGGGAGGUCAGAUAAUUCUCGAACCGCUUCCUUCGAACUCACGACUGUAGGUGCAUUUAAGUUAAAUGACGGUUCGCCCAUUCAAAUCAUGCUGGCCGGAGGGAGUGUGAUGAAACACAAGCAAAUUCUGAUAGAGAUGCAAAGAUAUCUGUUGCGUGAAAAGGCAAACACUUUCUCUGCUAGUGACAAGCUCAGAAAAUACCUGGAAAGUGAAGGAACCUCCAGAUUUACCAUCCUAACUCUUUCUGACAUCGAGGACGAAGAAAGAGGAGGAAUCGGAGGGGUAGGAAGAAGAGGUAGUUCACAGACACGGGGAGCGAAAGCGAUGUCGCUAAUAGAGGGAGAGGCCGACACGGAGGCACCCAGGGUGAAGGACUCGAGAAGAACCUCCACUUUUAAGGUCAGAGAAGGUGCUCCACUCAAGCUCAGGCAGCUACGCCAGAGUCAAUGGAAACGGUGGAGGGCAAUGUGGGAAAAGUAUAGACGCUAUGUUCGGGAGGAGGCAGGAUCUUUCCUUGAAGGAUGUCGAUGCCGACCCAUUGUGUUUGUGGAUGACGAAACAGACUGCGGUGCCGUCGCACAUCUGAUUGGCAGAACAACGGAGACCACGGUGGGGCACUUCUCCCUGUGCCAGGAUGCGCCGACGCAGGUGACGACAAUGUGCCACAGCUGCUUUAAGCGUAGACAGAACGUAUGGAGUAAGCAACAACGUCUACUUCAUGAGGAGGCGGAGACCUUCUUGGCCCAGAAGUUGGUCCUUCGAGAAGGCAAACAGUCAGCGAGCCUACUCAGCCUCCCUCAUCCCCUCCCUUCUCUCACCGCCGACUCCACCGAGGCGAUCGAUAUCGGACCGGCGCGCAUCCUUGUCACUUCCAACCGACGCGAGGAUGGUGGGGUAGUCGCUCACAUCAUUACCGAGUUUCCCCUAGAUCCGGUCCCUCCUGAUAACCCCCAAAACCUCCACCUCGUCUUCGACGUCGCUAUGCCUGAGGAAUCUGUUUAA